UUUCUGUCGCUCUCUCUCUCUCUCUCUCUCUCUAAAUCUCUCUGUCUUUCUUGUUGAUGUUCUGCUACCUGCUUCGCUUUCACUCUGUAUGUGGCGGUCUAGCGAGGGUUCUUGUUUGUGUGCGUUUCGCUGUUCGUUGCGUUAAAUCCCAUCCACAGUGCACAGUGGCUCUAGUACGUGAGUGUAUGUGUGCGAUUUUAGUCAGAAGGAAAACCCGUACCGUACCGUGAUACUGAACGGAGAAGUGGCUACUGUCUCUCUUACUGGUGGUUUACGAUACCAGUAUAGAUUUGACCUUCCGUAACGCGCGAGAGAAAGCCCUCCAGCGAUAACUAAAUGGUUUCACCGUACGGUUAGCAGCAGCCGUCAGCCAGUGAACCCGUAUGCUGUAUGGAAGCCGAAUUUUCUGAAGACUGUGCUGCAUAUGUUUGGCAUAGUGUUGCAAAGUGUGUGGCAGAAUGGAAAUAAGCUACAUCCGAACAUAAAAUAGUGCUAAACCAUUGCUACAUGUUGUUGGCAGCGGUGUACAUAUUUUCUCAUUGGGAUAGAUCGCCUGCCAGGUUGUGAUUAGUUCCAUUCAAACUGAGGAUACUACGGCAGUUCGUUUGUUGGGUGUACCCGAUCGAAGAGUAGUGUUUUAAGUUAACGCAGAGCUACAAAAUGAUACACCUCACAUCGUUAGGCAGUGAAGUAUGUUUCGCGUGAGGACAACGUCGAAAACUAACCAAAUUGGACAGUUGAAGAUGAGCCGUGUAAUAAGCUAAAACAUCAAUGUUAUGUCGUCGCGGUACCAGGAAUCCUCCACACAGUACAAACUCGGACGGAAAAUGAUAAGAAAUGGCAGGAAAAUUCGAACGCACACACAGGUGACCCUCGUAGAACGUGCGCCAUCUUGAAUUUUCUCUACGUCACGUUUCCGUUUACUGGGACAGUAGAGCGACACAGCAGCGACGGGUAAAAGCAUACAAAACAGGGCUGUGGAUGGUCAGGGUAACACGGCCAAACUUACCUUUCCCGAACUCUGCUCACGUGAGAGCUUUCUUGAGUGUGCGAACAACGGCGCGUUGAGCGAGAGUGAGACCCAACGAGUUUGGUAGAGUGUUGAGUUAGUUGCCCAAGCUACUAACAACAAUAAAACCAUCCUAUACGCACACACACACUGGCACGAUGCUAUGAAACGUCGCAGCCGAAUAGCAGCAGCAGAAGAACUUAUUGUACUCUACGAUUUUAUGCGUAUCAAUACAUACACACAACAAGUUGAAUGUGCAAGUGAACGAAAGCAGAAGCUUGACUGAUUGUGCGUGCCUGUAUGUGAGUACAUUCAAAUUGUGUACUUCUGUCAGUGGUUUGACAGAACGCUACUUAACGCAGUACUAUAGUUCAGUUCAACAGCGACAGUCAAGGCAACGAAGGUGCCGUGGAAAAUCGUGUCAGAAAGAAUGUAUGCAUGUGUGCGUGCACUGGACCGAGACUGCGAACAGUCGAAUAUCACGCACCAAGCGUAUAGAGUGUACGGUUUUCCCUGAGCAGCUUUUUUAACGGGGCAAAACAAGUGAGAGAAAACACUCAAAUGAUCGUAACAAAAGGAGAGCGAGAAAGGACAACUGAGAGUCUCCUGAAGGCUCUCCUUCCUUCACACGAACGUGAACAAGUCCAGGCGGUGUACUGUCAUUAGAGAAGUAUAAUAAAACAAGAAACGUUGGUUCAGACGAUGUCCAACGACGCACUGUGGGUGUCUGACGCCAUGUUGGACUCACUCAGUAUGCAACUUCGGGAUGCCGAAGCUCGCCGAGCGGAAGCAGAACGUGCACACCAGGAAGCUCUGGCACAGCUUAGAGGUAUGUCGUCCGGCAUGGGUAGGAUAAGUGAACCGAUAGAAACGUUGCAGUCCAGAGCCCGCGAGUUGGAGAAGAAGGCUGCACUAGAAACGGUGCGAUGUGAGGAACUACAGCUGGAAUUAUCAGCUGCCCUAAAAUCACGACCCGGCCGUACGAUCGGAUCCGGCCCGAGCGGAUCGAGCGGUACGAUGUUGGGCGGUAUAGGCGAUAGUAUGACGGGGCGAGGCACCGUGGGUAACAGCUGCAGCACCGCCACCAAUCCAUCGUCCGUCAGUGCAACAUUAAACAGCAUCGGGAGCAGCGCCUAUGGCCAUACAAGCUCGGUCACGACCAACACUAGCGCCCUCGAGCGGUCGCUAGCCGGUUACGGUAGUUCAGCUGCAGGCGGUAGCGCUGGCAGUGGCAGCGGAGGUCGUUGCAUCGACGGCAUUGGCGGUGGUAUCGGUCACAGCACAAGCAUCGGUAUGAGCAGCAGCAGUGGCAUCGGUACCGGCAGCACUGGCAACACUGGCGGCAGCACCGUCACCUGGGCGCCCACACCGACCGGACACCAGCAAGGGACCGAGAUUGAUAGAAUAAUGGCAAAGAUCGAACAGGCACGUUUAUCCAUUGCUAAUGACAAUCGCAUACUGGCCGAGCUAGAGCAUCCACGCACAACCGGACCGAUCAUGUCAUCGGCGCUGGGCUCCGGUGGGCUGACGAGCGUAUCGACCAGCCUCGGACUAUCCUCACAUCAAACGCACCUGCACCAGACACCGUCGAGCCUCGCAUCCCAGAUUUCCACCUCGGCCAUGCUGAGCGGUCUGUCUGGACUGACGGGCAGCGGCAUGCCCACUACCGGGCUCGGUAUGAACUCGAUCGGUCUAGGCGGUGGCGGUAGUGGGUCGGGCGUUGGCGUCAGUUCGGCUAUGGCCGCCGGUAUCAGCUCCAUCACCGGUGGUAUCAGCUCGAUGGGAGUAACGUCCAGUACCAGCAGCCAUGCGCUAACAGACGGCCAGUACAGCGCACUUACAUCGUCGACGGGUGGAAGCAGCACGAAUCACUACUCGACCAACGCUAACGUUUCGCCACUGCCAAGCCGGGCAAAUCCAAUGAGCACCACCAUGCCACCCCUCUGCCAGAGUACGACCAUGCCCGUCCUGUCGCUACACAACACACACUCGAUACCGUCGGGUUCGGCUAGCUACACGCUUGGUCUGAGCGUGGCACCGGUCGCCUCAUCGUAUACGUUCCCAACGCACUCGGCCACGACCGGCGGACUGGCGAGCGUGCUCGGCACAACGUCUGGCGUCACCGGGGCGGGCGUUUCCGGGCUGAGCGGGUUGGGUGGCGGGCUCGGGACGGGUACCGGGCUUAAUCUUACCUCGACCAAUCCGCUCACCAGCACGCUCGGCACCAAUCUGACCAACUACAACACCAGCUCGUCCUACUCGACCUACACCAACCCGCUGCUGAGCGGUACCGGUGGCAUCAGUUCGAAGCUCAACAUGAAACCGUUGGACGAGCUGGACCUGCUGACGCGCUACGGUCAGCGGGGCGGCACACCCUGUUCACCCAUUCCGCCCGCCAACUGGGGCCUAGAUAGCUAUACCGGAAUCGAUGGCGUUAAUCCUGCCUUCAUGCACACCCAGAACCGAUCGCUCAUCGGGAUGGAGCUGGACGCACGAUCCCAUGGUUUGACUCUCAACGGUACGGGAGAACCUCAGGUCGACAUGCUGGACAUUCCGGGCAAGGGCCGGUGUUGCGUGUUUAUAGCACGGUUUUCCUACGAUCCACCGGAUGUGGAAGGUUCCGAAGGUGAAUUGGCGCUGUGCGCAGGUGAUUAUUUGUUAGUAUGGGGUAAUGGAGAACCGCAAGGUGGAUACUUCGACGCGGAGCUAUUGGACGGUCGACGAGGUCUCGUCCCAGCAUCAUUCGUACAGAGACUAGUAGGUGACGACCUGUUAGAGUUCCACCAGGCGGUAGUGUCUACGUUGCGCGAUGCUGACGAUGCCCCGAUCCCGCUCGAUCCGGCUCCACUUCCCUCGAGCAAUCCGCUUAUACCGCACACAUCGGAAGACCUGGCACGAAUCAGCGAAACACACACAGACCUAGGUCAGGAUUUGGACGAUGAAGCCGACACAGUUCCUGCACCGAAGCACCUAACCCUGGAGCGGCAGCUUAACAAGAGCGUACUGAUCGGCUGGUCGCAACCGGAUCCACCGAUGUGCAAUCAGAUCGAGAGCUACCACGUGUACGUGGACGGUGUACUCAAGGUGACGGUAAAGGCAACCGAACGCACCCGGGCCCUUGUAGAAGGCGUAGAUUCCAACCGACCACACAGGAUUAGUGUGCGUAGCGUGACGCAGAAUCGGCGAACGUCGCGCGACGCUGCCUGCACAAUGAUCAUUGGCCGCGACACGGCCCACCUAGGACCGUCGGCUGUACGGGCCACGAACAUUACCUGCUCGAGUGCCGUCAUCUCUUGGCUACCGGCGAACUCCAACCAUCAGCACGUGGUUUGCGUGAACAAUGUGGAGGUGCGAACGGUGAAGCCGGGUGUCUACAGGCACACCAUAACGGGACUAGCACCAAGUACACAGUACCGCGUGACGGUGCGCGCCAAGCAUCUGCGGGCACCGGGACAGCAGCAGGCACCGCCAGCUGGACCACCGCCAGAGGAAGCGCCCGGAGCGUACACCGACUUCCGCACCCUAGCCAAAGGACUGCCAGAUCCACCACAGGAGAUCCAAGUCGAAGCUGGACCGCAGGAUGGUACACUGCUCGUUACCUGGCAACCGGUAACGCGUCCACCCUCAUCCGGCCCGGUAACCGGUUACGCUGUGUACGCCGACGGUAAGAAGGUAACCGAUGUGGACUCACCGACCGGUGACCAUGCCCUCAUCGAUAUCGGCAAGCUGGUCGGGUUAAAUCCGCGGGCCGUCACCGUGCGGACCAAAUCGCGUGACUCACAGUCGGCGGACAGCACACCGACAAUGAUACCAAGCUUCGGAUACCCUGAACCAAAUACUGAAAAUGGACUAAACUAUUCAUCAUCAUCACUACAUCAACAACAACAACAACAACCACCACCCCUACUAUCGACAUCACAACAACAACAACAACAACUUCUUCACCAACAACAACAACAACAACAACAACAACAACAACAACAACAUCAAC